AUGUUCGAAGCAAGACUUGCCCAAGGAAACAUUUUGAAGCUAAUAAUCGAUGCAAUGAAGGAUUUAGUAUCGGAUGCGAACUUUGAAUGUUCGGAUAACGAGAUAGCUGUUCAAGCAAUGGAUUCGUCUCAUGUAUCGCUGAUAACGCUUUGUCUACGUAAGGAGGGCUUCACUCAUUAUCGUUGUGACCAAACACUAACAAUGGGACUUCGAAUGAGCUCAAUAGCUAAAAUAUUGAAGUGUGCUGACGGAGGGGAUAUGAUAUCACUGAAAGCUGAAGAUGAAGGUGACACUUUGAUUUUGGAAUUUGAGAACGAGAAUGCUGAUCGUAUAAGCAAUUUUGAAUUGAAAUUGAUCGAUUUGGACGCAGAGCAUUUGGAUAUUCCUGAAGAAGAAAGUCAAUCUGUGAUAAGUAUGAAUUCGAGUGAAUUCCAACGUUUGUGUCGCGAUUUGGGUACACUUGGAGAUUCUUGUUGUAUCAGUGUAACGAAAGAAGGAGUUCGUUUCAGUGUUGAUGGUGAUAUUGGUAAAGGAAGUGUGACGCUUCGUCAAGGUGAAAGUAUGGAAGGUAAGAACGGUGUUUCGAUCGACAUGAAAGAAGCAAUCGAACAAAAGUUUGCUCUUCGUUAUUUGAUAAUGUUUACGAAAGCGAGUUCGUUAUCUGAGCGUGUGAAGCUUACAUUAACAAACGAAAUGCCAUUGAAAGUGGAAUACACGAUCGAAGGUUUAGGUAAUCUCUGUUUCUAUUUGGCUCCUAAAAUGGAUGGAGACAAUUAG